AAGUUCUUCUAUGAAAUUGUGUGUCAAUUUGGUCCACCAACAAAAUUAAUAACUGAUAAUGGUUCACAUUUCAUAUCGGAAUUAACACAGGCCGUGGUUCAACAAUGUAAUACAACACAUGUUCUUAGUGAAUAG